GCCACAGUUCAGCUGUCAAGUGUCAGUGUCAAAUGCUAGCAAAGUUAAAAUUUUGGAAAAAUAUCUGAUCACCAAGAUUAAAGAUAUAAUGUAAUUAUCACUAUAUAUUCAAUACUAUGAUAAUAAAAAAAUAAUUUAUCAAAAUAUGUAUCUUCGUACAAUGAAGUUUUGGCCGCUGAAUACCUUUAGAAACAUAUUGAGACUAGAUUUCAAAAGGCAUUUUUGUAAAACCCCAGUCAUGUCUAGUAAAAGGAUAGCUGUCUGUCAAAUGACUUCUGUUGCUGACAAAGCGGCCAAUUUAAAAGUUGUCGAAGGCAUCAUUGAUAGUGCUGCCAAAGAAAAUGUUCAGAUGCUUUUCUUUCCAGAAGCAUGCGACUACAUCUGUGACAACAAAAAGGAUAUAGUAAACUUUUCUGAGCCUAUAUUUGGUGGUAAGAUUGUGGGAAAGUAUAGAGAAUUGGCAGAGAAAUAUGGAGUUUGGUUGUCUAUGGGAGGGGUUCACGAAAGGGAUGAAAAAAAUCCAAACAAAAUGUACAACACGCACAUAAUAAUAGAUGACAAAGGAUCCCUUGUACAAAUGUACAGGAAACUACAUCUUUUCGAUGUAGAGAUACCGGAGAGAAACGUUAGAUUGAAGGAGAGUGACUUCUCGAAUGCUGGCGACCAUAUUGUGGCACCAGUCGAUACUCCUGUAGGGAAAAUUGGUAUGGCUAUAUGUUAUGAUAUGCGCUUCCCUGAGCUGAGUACAUCCCUGAGUAUAAUGAGCGCCGACAUCUUGACAUUUCCAUCGGCUUUCACUCAAGCAACAGGGGAGGCUCACUGGCAUAUAUUACUCAGAUCAAGGGCGAUAGAAAACCAAUGCUACGUGGUUGCAGCAGCUCAGUCCGGCGUUCACAACCCGAAGAGGCGUUCGUACGGGCACGCGCUCUGUGUCGACCCGUGGGGCGAAGUCCUGGCCGACUGCGGGGAGUCCGCCCCCUGCUAUAAAAUCGUUGAGAUAUCUCAUGACAAACUGAAUGAUGUGAGACGUAACAUGCCCGUAUUUCAGCAUAGAAGACCUGACGUGUAUUCCUUGUACACUUUGUCUUUACGCAAGUCCCUCCCGUUAGAGAAGCUGCCAUCCCACUCCCCCACCGACCCCAACCCCCCUCCGUCCUCCCCAGAGCCGUACAACGUCUUCGGUCACGCCAAGAUCCCGGAGAGCUGCAUUUUCUUCAAGUCCAAAUUCGCUUACGCCUUUGUCAAUCUGAGAUGUGUGAUCCCUGGGCACGUCCUGGUGGCGCCCAUCAGGCCUGCCGAGAGGAACAAGGAUCUCACCGAGGAGGAGGCCGAAGAUUUCUUCAGAACCGUUCGUUUGGUCCAAAAGCUGAUGGAGAAGGUGCAUGGUGCAGAGUCUUGCACGAUAACGAUACAAGACGGACCUGACGCGGGGCAGACGGUCAAGCAUCUUCAUUGUCACGUGAUGCCGCGGAAGAAGGGAGAUUUUAUAGACAACGAUUUAAUAUACCUGGAAUUGGCGAAGCAUGAUCAAUUGAAGUGCGGUCACCCGUUGAAGCCGGCCCGAAGUUUGGAAGAGAGACGAAGCGAAGCUCAACUUCUCAGAAGCGAAUUGGAGAAGUUGAUCGACGAGGAACGCAUAUUGCUAAGAUAAUAAAACAUUGUUCUGUUGUGUUUUGUUAUUCAACUCGAUACAAUAAGUGGGGUCGUUAUAACUCGUAUAACUACCCUCGACUUCAAUCAUUACAUCACGUAUGGCAAAUGAAAUAUUUUCUAUGAAUUUGAAAUUACCCUCAGUAAAAAUUAGCGGUAGGCAGCGGCUUGAAGCGGUAGGCAGCGGCUUGGCUCUGCCCCUGGCAUUGCUGAAGUCGCGACGGUAACCAUUCACCAUCAGGUGGGCCGUAUGCUCGUCUGCAUACAAGGGCAAUAAAAUUUUUUUUUUUCCGUCUCGAUUUUGGAGAAAAUUCCAGUGAUGCCCAGUGGAAGUGAUUCUUGUAUUAGCUAUUUUUUUUAGUUUUGAAUUGAAGGUGGAUGUGAUUUGUCUUCUAGUUAUAUGCCCGGGUAAGUCGAUCGGGUAACGCACAAGAUGACGUCGCCCAAACUAACACAUUAUAGAUUUUCUCGAUCGACUUUCGGUGCUUUUAGGGACUGCCAGCAGUGGUUACAGUUCUCGUCGGAUGCAAUGAAGAUUUCAGCUUGCAUUCUAGCACAUAGAUUGACUAACCCGUCACUUGCGACGAAGGGCUCGACGAGCGAAUUAACCCACAGACACAGCCCACUGAGUUUUUCGCCGGAUCUUCUCAGUGAGGUCAGUGUUAGUAAGGUCUCUCAGGCGAAGCGCCGUGAGCUCGUCGUGUUACAGCUUGGAGAAGCUGGAAUAGACCCUCAAGGCUACCAGAGAUACGGUAGAAAAAAAAUCACCUGUCCCAUGCUACUGGCGCCCAGCUUGCGGUACAUUGCGUUAAGUUUUUUUUUUUGGAUUUUAUGGCCGGGUAUCUAGACCAUUGCGUUAAGUGGUUACCGGUGAUGUUGCCAACUAUCUCACAUUCUAAACUGUAUUUAACGUCUGCCUAACGAUUGGAAUAUUGCUAUAAAGUAUCCACAUUGUUGGUCGAAUUGAAAUGGCCCCUUGAAUAGAUCGCCCACAGCAAGAGACAUUUCAAAGUCGAAUGUUUUAGGAAGAAAAAAGCGCUCACAAUUAUCGUCAAUUUUAUAAUGCAUUAUCCUGUUAUUUUUUUGGUUUUGGCGAUUCGUAAACAUAAUUAAUCUUACGAAACGCAAAACUGUAAAGUGUUCACGUGGUGAGAAACAAUGACACUAUUAAAGAAGCGGGAUCAAAUCGUAAAAAUAAUUUUAAUUAUUAAUCAAAUAAAAGUAUUUACAGUAAAUGUCAAUAAAUUAAACGUAUUAAAGUACAAAUACUAACCAAUGACUUGUUAUAUGUUUUUAAUAUUUUAAUUAUAAAAAGCUCGUAAUGGAAGUGAAACUUCAAGCGCGUCUAACGCAUUCAUAAUAUUUGUUUGAAUUACCAAGUGUAUGAUCAUAUUGUAAAAUAUAUGUUGUAUUAAAAUUUGUUUAUUUUAAAUUAAAACACAAAUAUAAAA